AUGGAGUACUUAGAAACAAUCAAUCCGGAUGAUGGUUCUGGGAAGUUGUUACCAAAAGAAACAGUAGGUCCUUCGAAGAAGUCUCGCAAGUCAAAGAAGGAUGUAAUAAUUACUCCUGAGAAACCAGUACAAGAGCCAAAGAAAACGAAAUCACCAAAACAGACGAAGCCAAAUGCACAAGUUUCGACUGUUGUGGUUGAACCGGUGGAGCCUGUUGUUGAUACUCAAGAAAAGGAAACACUACCAUCAAAAUUAGAUAUUUUUCGAAGGGUUAAGAAAAAGUCUCGUCGAUCACGAAAGCUUUCCGAUGGUUCAUUUAAGUCUUCUUCGAUGGUUUGUAAACCAUAUUUGAAUCACCAAGGAAUUCUCAUUCGUUAG